AUGGGCUGCCCAUCCUCAUACAUCACAUCGUCUAUCACUGUGGUUAUUUGUUGCAAUAUAUUGUCCUGUGGAAUCCACUUUCCUUCGGUAAAGAUAUUUGCUCCUAAUAUUGAGCAAAGGGAUGUAGUCAACCAUUUAAAAGGAAGUCCAACAGGAGAGAAGAGAAAUGUGCUAGUUGAAAGCGCCAGACUGGCAAGAGGCAACAUUCAGGAUUUGGCUGAACUGAAAGUUAGUGAAUUCGAUGCAGUCAUUUUCCCUGGUGGAUUUGGUGUAGCAAAGAACCUGUGUUCCUGGGCAGUAGAUGGCAAGAACUGUACUGUCAAUGAGCACGUGAACUCCACUCUCCAAGCUUUCCAUAGUGCUAAAAAACCAAUUGGUUUGUGCUGCAUAUCUCCAGUCUUGGCAGCUAAAGUCUUUCCUGGUUGUGAGGUCACUGUUGGCCAAGAUAAAAAUGUUGAUGGAAGAUUUCCCGAUGUUGAAAUAGCAUCUGCUAUAGCAGAGCUCGGAUGUAAGCAUGUUUGCAAAGAUGUAAAUGAAUCGCAUGUGGAUAAAGCCAAUAAGAUAGUUACUACCUGUGCUUUCAUGUGCAAGGCUCCUUUGCAUGAAAUCUUUGAUGGAAUCGGAACAAUGAUAGAAGAGGUCCUGAAACUUGCCUGACUGGAAAGGUACAAGUAUCUGCAAGGAGAUCCACUUAGCUAAACAUAAAAAUUUAGCCUCCUUUGAUUGUAUUAAUAAAAUAAUGCAACUAUUAAACUUCA